CAAAAGCAUCCUCACCUGCUGUGAUUAUGUGCAGAGCACCUUUGGACUUCUGUCAAGCAAUUUAAGACUUUUAAUCUUGCAAUUUGAAGGUCUGUUUUGUGGACAGGAUGCCUCGUUCGCCGCCUAUUUACUCGGAUUUCUUCGACCAGCCUCUGACAGAAGACGUGGAGGAACUCCUGGCUCGUUUCCAGCAGACUGACUCGGUGAGAUAUGUGGAGUUUUCAGCUAUCUGGAGGCAGAUGGGCUUCUCAGAUGUCUUCAGAGGCAUCACCAGUAUGGGUGAAAUGAAGAGGUUUUGCAGGAUAACGUUGGCCACAGCAAUGAAGUACUUCCUGCCGCCAUACAGCUACCAGAUCCGAGUGGGAGGUUUGUAUCUGAUGUUUGGUUUUUACCACACUCAACUGGCCAUACCACCUGUCAGGAUCAGGCUGGCUCUGAAGGACUGGGCUCAAGUUCAGAAGUUUCUCAAAGACUGUGUGGACUCUGGGCACCAUGAUGUGCUUUACAUAUAUCAGAAGCUUGUUGCAAGCAAGGCCAUAGACUACACCGCCAUGCCACAUGUUCUCACCUUCCAAAAGCAGAGAAAACCAAAGAAGAAGGCUGUGUGUGCAGAGUUUCUGGGGAGGAGUACCGCAGUCCAGGAGCUCAUCUCUGCAGAGACGCUGGAGGAGCUGACCAACAUCCAGAGCCUCUACAAGAAGAUGAAGGAGGCCACCGAGGAGGUCAGCCGCCAGGCCACCAUGACACAUGAAGACUUUGCCACCCGGCUGAGAGACUGUGUGUCGGAGUUCAUCACUUGGCAGGAGAAGACUUUCUCAAAGCAUAACAAAGACAAUGAUGAUGAGGAUGAGGAGGAGGAGGAGGAGAAACCAUCUGAGAUCGAGCCCAGCAGCAGAGCCAGGCUCCUGUCCUCCAUCAAGCAGAAGAGCUACAGCAACUUCCAGGAGGCGUCUAAGUCCCGGAGGCACCGGCAGGCCGAGACGGUGGACUCCUCCAGCUCAGGGGCAGAGCAGGUUCAGGAGACGGCCACUCUGCAGCGCAGGAGGCCUCCUUCACUACGGGCCCGGACCUGGAAGAACCUCGGGAAGAUGCAGGAGGAGAGCAAGCUCCAGGCUUGGCUCCUGAGUGCUCCUGAGCAGGAGAGGGUGCCGGUGAAGAGGACCAACCAGGUAGCACCCUUCAAGCCAUGAAGAGAAGCGAGGAAGAGGCACUUAAAGUCCAUUUGAGUUAGAAGUUAGUUUAGUCUGUUGCUUUUGUUCUUUAACCAAGUUUGUUUAAAUCAGAAAUUGAUGAUUUUUCACUUAUGAAUGUUAUGUGUCUGUUCAGUUGUUGUAUUGAUAUUUAAUUUGUUAAUAAAUAGAUUGGCUGGUUAAUAAA